AGGAACUGCAAAUGGAUCAGUCAUGCGCAGUUUGUCCUCAGAGAAUUGUGGAUUUGAGAUUUUAGACUAUGGAAGGACCCCCAAUGAUUUCAUUGAUAAUAAAAUAGAAGAGCUUGGUUCAGGGGACAGUGAAGAGCCAUUCUAUGUGGCAAAUCUUGAUAGGAUCGUUAAGAGGCACGUCAGGUGGCUCACUAACUUACCUCGAGUCAAGCCUUUCUAUGCAGUGAAGUGCAACAACACACCAGCAGUUUUAAAGAUGCUGAGUGCUCUGGACACAGGUUUUGACUGUGCUAGCAAGGGCGAGAUUCAGCAAGCCCUAUCCCUGGGAGUCACACCAGAUAAAAUCAUUUAUGCACAUACAACCAAGCCCCUGUCGCACAUCAGGUAUGCCUGUGCUCAUGGAGUAGAUAUGAUGACCUUUGAUAGUGAGGAUGAACUCCUAAAAAUUUCUCUUUGUCAUUCCAAAGCCAAACUUGUACUCCGCAUUGCAGUGGAUGACUCUAAAUCACUCGUAAAACUCAGUUCAAAGUUUGGAGCCAGACUGGGGUCAGUUGGUAGGCUGCUGAAACUUGCUGGAGAGCUGGGCUUAGAUGUCAUUGGGGUCAGCUUUCACGUAGGUAGCGGGUGCACUGGAAGUUUGCCGUUUAAGCAGGGCAUAGCAGAUGCCCGACAUGUCUUUGACUUAGCGAAUUUGUUGGGAUUCCAGAUGAGACUCUUGGAUAUUGGUGGAGGAUUCUCUGGGAUUGGGGAAUUUCAAGAUAAAUUUGAAGAGUUUUCAGAAGUCAUUAAUGGAGCACUGGAUGAAUUCUUCCCGCCUGACAGUGGGGUGCAGAUUAUCGCAGAACCAGGCCGAUACUACGUGGAAUCCGCCUUCACACUGGCCGUGAACGUCAUGGCCAAAAGAGUGGUCAUAGACAAGUCGUCAGAUGGUGAGGAAAACAGCUCUAACAGAAUGAUGAUGUACUACCUUAAUGAUGGAGUGUACGGCUCCAUGAGUUGCAUUGUCUUUGAUCCCGCUCACUGCAACCUCGAACCAUACCUUCACAGGGCAGUUAAGAGCAGCGAGCAGAGAUACCGGUCUGUAAUCUGGGGUCCAACCUGCGACUGCAUUGACAAAGUAACUGACAGCUACUGGAUUCCUGAGUUGCACGUAGGCGACUGGCUUCUCAUCGACAACAUGGGUGCUUACUCUGUUAGUGUAUCCACUGACUUCAACAGCUUUGAAAGAGCACACAUUUAUCCAGUUAUGACAGCUGAGACAUGGAACACCUUAAACCUUACUCACACCUAACUUAAUACAAAUGGAAAACAUAGAACAAAACCAUAAAAAAACCUAAAAACCCCACAUCUAACUAAAAGCUUGCUUGAAUAGCAGCAUCUUCAGUUGCUUUUUAAAAGAAUCAACAGAAUUCACACAGCCUAGGUGCCACUGCUUGAAAUGACUGAUCCCCUCUGGUUUUAAAAUGAGUGUAGGGAACCACUAAUAGCCUCUGACCUGAUGACCUCAAACUACGGGUCGAAGUAUUAAGCUUUAUCAAGUCAGAGAUGUAGGGAGGAAUUUGACCGUGCAGGGCUCU